GAAACACGUAAGGACAAGGUACUGAAUGCCACGGAGCGCGAGCGCGAGGCGAGCUCUCAGAGCACUCUCGCCCAGUGCGCAACACACAUUGAACGCCCUCUUUGGAGUCGUAGUGUGCCCUCUUUUGCCUGCCCCUGUUGUUGCACUCGUUCUUCGCGACGACUAGAGCAGCGUUCAUGACUUCGCUCUACCAUGCUGCGCUAGCUGAUGUCCAAGCAUCAUCGCACCGGUGAACGUAGAGUUAGGCUGAAAUGCUUUGCCCUUUCCCGGCAGCGAGCAAGCCGCAUCAUGAUACUGUGGAUGGGAUGGUUCAAUCUGUGCCGCGCAGCAGCUCAUCACGGACAGCUGGUCUGAGACGUGGGGUAAUACCCAGUACAAGGGCUUCUGGAGCCAGGGUUCCCUUAAAGUGUCGAGCUGAUCGCCCAACUAUGCGUAGUAUGAGCUGGUGGCGGCGGCGACGCUACCGUGUGUACGCGCGUGUUUGUACGUGUGUAUGUGUGUGUGUGUUGACAUUUUCCGAGGAACGGCAAACAGAAAAUCCCAUCCAUCUUGUCCUGGAUCCGAGUCCGAGUCAAGAGACUAACACACACAUGAUCAGGGGCCUGUCACCACCCCGAGCGCGCGGAUUGGUCCAAAUGAACAAAAAGCGUCCAGGCAGCAACGAAGAGGCUCAACAUCAAGAGUCCUUUGUUAUCAUCGUUGCUUUCGUGGAGAAAAUCCCCAAGCCUCGUCCCGUUCGCAGUAUAUUUCCAGCCUGACGAACCGCCGGGGCGUUGUUCAGUAUUAAGGUUCUGACCGUCGAACGACCACGUAGCCUUCGCUCAUAGGUCCUCCCCCUUCUGAUCCCAGUUCAGGGCGUCGAUAAAACCGUGUGAUACAGGGC